AUGGAUACCACGCCUCUCGACGAGCAAGUUCCCUUGCCUGGCCAAUGGCCAGUAGAUCCUCAAGAAGAUAUUCCAAUCUCCGAGGAUCGCAUUUGGGUCGACGGGUGCUUCGACUUUAGUCACCACGGCCAUGCUGGUGCCAUGCUUCAAGCUCGUCGUCUGGGCAAGGCUCUCUUCGUGGGUAUCCAUUCCGACCAAGCUAUUCUGGAAAACAAGGGACCAACGGUUAUGUCUUUGGAUGAACGUGUCGCAGCCGUCGACGCCUGCCGAUGGGCCACUCAAAGCGUUCCCCAUGCCCCCUACGUAACCUAUUUGCCGUGGGUUUCUCACUACGGGUGCAAGUAUGUUGUACACGGCGACGAUAUUACAUCCGACAGCGAUGGCAACGAUUGUUACCGAUUCGUCAAAGCUGCGGGUCGUUUCAAGGUGGUGAAACGAACUCCUGGCAUUUCCACUACCGAUCUCGUUGGCCGCAUGCUUCUUUGCACCAAGAACCAUUUCGUCAAGUCCGUUCGAAAGACACUCGCUGGGGAGGAAGGGUCGGGAAGCCUUGAGGAGCGCAAGAAUCUCGCAGAUGAUCUCUUGCAGCGUAUUCAAGAUUACGCGACUGACGAAAGUGGAUUGCAACCCGGACCUCAGGUCUGGACAUGGAUGGGCUCUGGCGAAGCCAAGAUCGAUAAUGAUGUAGGAGAAGCUGGAUCUUUCGAUUCUCUGAUCGAUGGAAAGGGCCCCAAGCCUGGCCAACGCAUCGUCUAUGUGGAUGGAGGCUUCGACCUAUUCUCGUCCGGCCACAUUGAAUUCCUCCGCCAGGUGACGGAGCUGGAAGAGGCUGAAGGUCGUCGACGAGGGUGGUAUGAGUCGGAGCAACGGGAAAAGCGACUCCGGGAAUUUAAUGAAGACUAUUCCCCGGCAUAUAUCGUUGCUGGCAUCCAUGACGACGAUGUGAUCAACCACUGGAAGGGACUGAACUACCCAAUCAUGAACAUCUUUGAGCGUGGUCUCUGUGUUCUUCAGUGCCGCUACAUCCAUGCGGUCGUUUUCUCGGCGCCCUUCACUCCCAGCCAGCCAUACCUGGAGGCCAUGCCGCUGGGUACGCCCGAUGUUGUCUAUCAUGGGCCCACUACCUUCAUUCCCUUGACGUAUGAUCCAUACAGCGACCCGAAGAAGAUGGGAAUUUUCCAAGAGGUGGGCCGACAUGCUUUCCAGCAUGUCAAUGCCGGUGAAAUCGUUGGCCGUAUCCUGAAGAGUCGGGAAGCAUACGAAGCCCGGCAGCGAGCCAAGUUGGAGAAGGCUGUUACCGAGGAUCUGGUGAAAUCUAGAGAGCAGGCGUCCUCUGCCUAA